CAAUUGAUUUUGUUUUGUAUCUUUACAGAGACCUGAGUUAUAACCAACUGGUAAAAAUUGACCGAAAGGUAUUCCGUGGAGCUUCAGUAAUCAGGGACUUACGGUUACACAACAACCAAAUCGUCUGCAUUAUGAGUGGCUCAUUCAGACCCCUUAAACACAUUGAAAUUCUAUAUCUGAACGACAACAAUUUGACGACUCUCCGCAGUAGCAGUUUCACGCAUAUGAGUUUUCUUAAACAACUGAGACUUUCCAAGAACCCUCUGGCCUGUGAUUGUCACUUGAGUUGGCUGGCCCUUUGGUUGAGACCGCACGUCACUCUCGGCCUCUUCGCCACUUGCGAGACUCCUAGACAACUUCAUGGGCUCAAAGUGGCUGAAUUGCAGACUACUGACUUCAGGUGUACAGGAAAUGAAAAUCAUGAAGCAUUGUGUGAAGUGGAACCACUGUGUCCGGAGAAGUGUGAAUGCACGUCAAAGUCUGUGGACUGCAGGGCAAGGGGGCUGACUGAGUUGCCUGACACUUUCCCUUACCACAUGAUGGAAUUACGAUUGGAGCAGAACUUGAUUACAGAGAUUCCAUCCCGAGCUUUCUCACCAUACAAGAAACUUAAAAGGAUAGAUUUGAGUAACAAUCUGAUAGAAAACAUUGCAGAAGAUGCCUUCAGCAGUCUCAGGACACUCAACUCACUAACCCUCUAUGGUAACCGCAUCUCUGAUCUACCUGAAUUCAUAUUCCGAGAUCUUACAUCUCUGCAGCUCCUGCUUCUCAAUGCCAACAGACUGACCUGUAUCAGAAACAACCUCUUCAGGGAUCUUGUCAAACUUAAUCUUCUAUCUCUUUAUGACAACAACAUUCGGUCUUUGUCUAACGGCACAUUCAGUUCACUCCGAUCUCUGCAAACAUUACAUUUGGCCCGCAACCCAUUCAUCUGUGAUUGUAACCUGAGAUGGAUAGCUGAGUACCUUGAAACCUAUCCAGUCGUUGAGACGAGUGGUGCACGCUGUGCUAUGCCUGUCAGAAUGGAACGCAAGAGAAUUGCCAACAUGAAGAGUGUCAAGUUCAAGUGUAAAGAUGCUGAAUAUUACAGAACGGCUCAAGCUGGUCAGUGUUUUAUCGACCAUGAUUGUCCAGAUGCGUGUACAUGCCACGACAGUAUUGUAGACUGCUCUAACAGGCGACUACCAACUGUACCGGAUGAAAUCCCAACAUAUACAACAGAAUUGAAAUUGAAUGGAAAUGAGAUUUCACGCAUUUCUGCAGAUGGGAAGUUCCUUCAUCUGCCGAAUCUCAAGAUCUUGGAUCUCCGUGACAACCGCAUCUCUGUCAUUGAAGAUGAGGCCUUCCAGGGAGCUUCUUCUCUUGUUGAACUAAUUCUCACGAACAACAAACUGAGUAAUGUCACCGGACGCUCUUUCGUAGGACUCAAAAAUCUGCGGACGCUGAUGCUUAGGAGCAACAGGUUGUCAUGCAUCACCAAUGAGACAUUCACAGGACUAAAAUCAGUGAGACUCCUGUCAUUGUAUGAUAAUGCCAUCAGCACCAUCAUGCCUGGUUCAUUGGAUUCAAUGAAAGCUUUAGCAACAUUAAAUAUGCUUGGAAACCCAUUGAAUUGCAACUGUCAUCUUUCUUGGUUACCUGAUUACCUGUCGGCCCGUCAGAUCAUCACGGGAGAACCACGUUGUCAGGAGCCGUCAGCUCUCCAGGACACGCCCAUCCAAACGCUUCAGAGGGACCAAUUCACGUGCGAAGGUAAUGAUCAUAACAGCUGCCUCCCUUCCCUUGCCUGCCCCAGGGAGUGUGCAUGCAGUGGUACGGUGGUCAGGUGUAGCCGCAAAGAACUCACUUUACCCCCUCGUAACAUCCCUACAGGGGCUACUGAAUUAUACUUAGAUUCAAACCAGUUGAUCACAGUACCUGAAAGGCUGAGCACAUUAAAGAGUCUUCAUACAUUAGACCUUAGUAUGAACCAGAUCGCGAUGCUACCAGACUUUGCAUUUGCCAACAUGUCCAAACUUUCAACUCUGAUUCUGAGUUACAACCGAAUCAGCUGUAUUCCAUCUGGCGCUUUCAUGGGACUCUUCUCUCUUCGCAUUCUGUCUCUUCACGGCAAUAACAUCUCAGCAAUCUCAGAAGGCACGUUUUCAGACUUCACAUCACUCACUCAUCUGGCCUUGGGUGGUAACCCUCUCUACUGUGAUUGCCACCUACAUUGGUUAUCAGACUGGGUAAAAGAUGGGUUCAAGGAACCAGGCAUUGCUAGCUGUGCCGAUCCGUACAACCUGAGAGGGAAGCUCCUCCUUACAGCUCCCUCAAAGAAGUUCCUCUGCACAGAAGAGCCAGACAUUUCCAUCCUUGCCAAGUGUGAUCCAUGCCUGUCUGCUCCCUGUGAGAAUGAAGGAGUAUGUCUGACUGAUCCUAUUGAGAGAUACAGGUGUGAAUGUCCACCAGGGUUCAAAGGUCAACACUGUGAAGCAGAGGUCAAUGAGUGUGACCAGAGGCCGUGCUUGAAUGGAGGCGUCUGUGAGAACCUGGCUGGGGGUUUCAGAUGUGACUGUUUGACAGGUUUCUCUGGUGAUACAUGUGAAGUCAAUGUAGAUGACUGCCGGGCCCAUCUCUGUCUCAACAACGGAACCUGUGUGGACGGGAUCAAUAACUAUACCUGCCGAUGCUCACAAGGUUACAAGGGUGAUUAUUGUGAAGUGGACAUUGAUCUCUGUCAUCCAAUGACCGACCCUUGCCAAAAUGGAGGUGUCUGCUUUGACCUUGGUCAUGCCUACAGGUGUGAGUGUCCCCCAGGUUAUCGAGGAGUCAACUGCACCGAAGGUUAUGAAGAUUGCCGCACUCGUCAUUGUCUGAACGGUGGAGAAUGCCUGCAGGAUGGUACCCAGUUUGCCUGCCGAUGCCCUCAGGGUUACAUCGGCCAGACCUGUGAAAUGAAUGCCAACAUUUACAUCAGUGAUACCCCUUGCAGCUGCCAGAACAAUGGACAAUGCUACAACAAUAAUGCCACAGAUGUCCAGGAAUGCCGCUGCUUACCCGGCUUCUACGGAUUGAAGUGCGAGAUCCCAACCAGCAUCAGCUUCAGGACGGACAACGAUGGCUUUGUAGAGUUCCCGAGACCGAACAGUGCUCAGAUAGUCAAUUUUACCCUCAUCUUUGCCACCACCAUAGAAAAUGGAGUCCUGCUGUACAUGGGAGAUGAAAACCACAUCGCUGUUGAGCUGUUCCGUGGCCGUAUCCGAGUCAGCUAUGACGUAGGCAAUUUCCCUUCGGCCACCAUGUUCAACCAGAAGAAACUGAACAAUGGCGAGUUCCACACCCUUCAGCUGAUCCUCUACAGACGCAAUGUCUCCAUGCUGAUUGAUGAUGAUAAAGAAUGGAAGACCAAGAGUAAUGAAGGAGAGCAUGAGUAUCUGCAGGUGAAUCGACCCUUGUAUCUGGGAGGCUUGCCAUCUGAUCAGCAGGCAAAGCCCGUUAGACUCUGGCAUAUACGCAACAGGUCAAGUUUCCAAGGUUGUAUCCGGGCUUUCUUUGUCAACAGCGUGCCCAUGAGCCUGAGCGCUGCCACCGAGCGGAUGCACGUCAAGGAAGGCUGCCCCGUCUAUGACAUGCCUAACCCAUGCCUUGAGAAUAGAUGUGUCAACGGCUUCUGCCACAACGUUGAUGAAUCCAUGUACCGCUGUGACUGUCAGGAUGGCUGGAUGGGUACAUUCUGUGAUAGAGAAACAACAUGCACAAGUAUCAAAAUCAACGAAACAUUUGAAAUGGAUGGGUGCACGACGCUUCGGCCCAUCCGUAAUGCAACGUGCACCGGAGAGUGCGGGUUAUCCUGCUGCAGGCCGGCCCGGAGCCACAUGAGAAAUGUGCGGCUUCACUGCCCCGACGGCAGCACCGUCACCAAGGAGAUCAAGAUCGUGAGGAAUUGUGCGUGCCAGGGUUGCGAGGGUGGGUAAAUGAAGGGCGUGCCUUCCUUGCCUUACGUGUAGAUGUAGACUCGCGCACACCUCCACCUCUCCUCACUGUACCCUCCCAUGGGGUUGAAGUACGAAGGCCAAAUGAACUGUUUUUAUUAUAUAUCUGCGUGCCAGGCAUUCCUUACAAGAACAGGAGAUUGCCUUUUGGAUACAACGAUUGGACUAGCAUUGGAAAUGAUUGGGAUGCUCAAGGAGCUGCAUUCUGAGAAGUGGCAGGAGAAAUAUUUAAAGAGGCCCAGAGGUGCGAAGGAGGACUUAAGUACCCAAGGAAUUGCCAUUAUAUAUUUUAUCAUAAAUGUUUGUACACACUAUAUGCAUGGGUAUUGUUAUCACUAUAGAGAAGAGAGAUUAUUCAGUUUCAGCGAAUGAUGCUGGAAGCCAUCGAGACCGAAGGACUACUGCGGCAUUAUUGCACCUGUUGAAAUAUUAAACAGUUUAUAAUUUCUUCUAGAGAUUAUGCGUGUUGAUCCACUAUCACAGCCUUAAAGCUUGCAAGUUUUGAGACUGAUCAUGCUGAAUUCUACUCUUGUUGUCACAUAUGCACAAAGAGUACACAUAAAUGUGACCUGAUUAUUCUAACUGAAUUCAGAUUUCUGUGCACAUUGUAACUUUAUGUAACGUAGAUGAUGUGCUUUUGAUGCAAGACUGUAUGAUUACUUUCAGUAUGGUUCUCUUUGUGAACUAAGUACACAGGUUACUUAUGCCAAUGUUACACUAUGUGUGACAUGGGUUAAUGAAGUAUUAGGGGUCAAGCGGGUAUAUAUAGACUGGUGAAAUUGUACAUGUAUAUAUGAAAAAAAAAGAAAAAAAUGUGUCACUGCAAAUUUGUAUAUUUAUCUAAAGUGUUACAUUGUACAUAGAAUGAAGGCUUUUGUAACAUCGAGCACAACGCUACUCUGUUAUGGAUUGCCUUGUGUCUGUAAAAAUUUACAGCCAAGAUUAUUAUGAAUCAUAAUCAAGUAUUAUUAUGUAAUUAAUCAUACUGCCAUUAUCAGUUAAGGAUGUUAUUACAACUCUUUGUGAAAGUAUUUUUUUAGUUUUAUGACUUCUAACUUUCAGUGCCCUAUAUAAUUUAAAUAAAGACUUCAGUAAAACCUGAAAAGGAGUCUUUUUUUAUUCAAACAGUUUGAAAAUCAAAUUAAUGAUAUUUGUUGGUGUUUAUAUCAGGGUUUUAUUUCAUGAAGACUUCUUGUAGUAAGAAAUGCACAAUUUCUGUAACAAGUUUAUCAUCAGCCAAUCAAAUUGAAGAAUUUCAGUAGCUUUUAACUGUUAUUGCAAAUUUGUUACUGUAACAAGUUUUAUGAAAAAGGUCCCUUUGGUGGUAAGAUACUUACCAUUCGAAAAAAAAAAGAUAAAGUGGUAUUUUUCAUUUCAAAAUAUAUUUUUGCAUCAGUCAAAUUAAAUAAAAAUAAAAAAAUAAAAAACAGAGAAAAAAAAAGACAUGUUGAAUCUAAUGAUAGAUUCGGACUUCGUAGUUUGAUUGUUGAAUGUUUAUCGUUAGAAUUUCUAUUUCCGUACAUUAAAGACAUUUGUUGAAUUUGAUUUGCUAUUUGACAACACGAGGAAAAUAUAUUCACUCUAUAUAAUUAUAUGUUAUGGAGUUGAUUUUGAUAGUGGGGCUCAUUGAAAAUGUAGAAUGUGUGGAGAAAACAAACCGGAAUAGGGUGGGGGGGGGGGGAUGAUGGACAAGAUUUGACAUCAUUAUAAAGCUCAAUAUUUUGUUAGAUUGAGUGCUGUUCUGCUUUUUCAAUCUUUUUCAAAGAGUUUCAUACUGAACCUGACAUGACGGUAGUUUUUUUGAAGGAAGUUAAAAUAUUUUUUUUUAAUUUAAAAUCUAAUUAUCAAUAUUUACUUCAGUUUGGAAAGUACAGAGAUAAAUGAUAUGCAUAUUAUGUUCCUAAGGAUUCUAUUGGUGGCUAACUUUACUUAUUGUAAAACUUGUGCCAGUUUAUUAUUUCUUAUUGUAAUCAGCAUUUCAAUAAAUUAUCAUUGUAAGGUCAAAAGGCAGGAAAGGCGUUUUGAAAAAAAAAAUUCUACUUGUAUACAUUUUAGAUGUUGAUUAUAAUUCUGUUUUAUAAUGUAUUUAUCAUGUAAAUAUAUGAUAAUUGAAGACAAGAUUAGUUGUAAUUAUUGAUGACAAUGCACAUUGCUGUCUUGGUAUGAGUUGGCUGAGUGUUAAAAAUCGAGCUCUACAAAUUUGUAUUCAAUCAGUUAACAUCUUAGUCAUUUUUGACAAGUUUCAAAGUAUUAAGUGAAACCCAAAUUGCAUUAACAAUCAAUCCAUGAGUUUGAACUCAUUUUUUUGACCGAAGUUGAAAUACUUUAUUUAAAAAAUUACUUUCAAAUGCUAUACUUAUAAUACUUGAUAAACACCUAUAUGUAGGUAUUGCAGUAAUAAACAAUUUUUCAUGAAACCUUCAUUUAACCUUUUAAUAAUUGUUUCUCUAAUUUUCAUUCAGGACAUAUUCACCCAGGAAUGGUUGAAUAAAGUAAAUUCCAUUAUGCAUAGACCUGUAUAACACUAAUAUAACAAAUCAAUUUUAAUUUAAUCUUUCAUGCCAUUUCCAAAGCCUAUUGCAUUUGUGUAUUUAUACUACAAACAUACAAUUAAAGCAUGUGGCCGUACUGUUUUGUUUAGGAAUUGCCAAACGAUCUGAAAAAAAUUCUUUUCAUAUACAUAUAUAUAUAUGGAAUAUAUUAUUUUCUAUUAAUUUCACAAGAAGAUGAUACAUUUUUCCAUAAUAUUCUUAUUGCCAAAAUGAAUUCCCUUUAAAUUUGAUUUCCAUGAAUGUGACUUGUUGUUAAACUUUUUAUUAUUACAACUUGACUUGGCAGAAGUAAUGGCCACUGUAUAUCUGUGUGUCAUUGAUUUGUUUGUAUAUUAGUUUUAUAUUCUACUUAUUUAUCAAUUUCAUAUGCAACCUUUUAGAUUUUUUUAAAUACAAUGCUCUGUGUAUACUCAUCAUUUUGCAUUAUUAACAAAUGGGUUUAUUUUAAUAUUUUGUAUGUAUAUAAAAUUUUGGUUCGUUGUGGAAAAAAUCCUGAUCUGAUGACAAUUUUCAAAAGACCUUAUCAUUUUUACUACUGCUCUUUAAUAAAUGUCAUUAUAUUUUAUUGUACAGCAUGCCUCAGAGUUUAGUGACAUAAUCACAUGUUUGGAAACCCUUAUUUGCUAUCAUAAAAUGAUCAUGUCUCUGCUACCACAUUGUAUUUAAAAGUUGAAAAAAAAAAAUUUGUGUGCAGUAUGUUUACUGUUACUGAAAACCUUCCUCAUUUUCGCUCAAAAGAUGUCUUAAUGAAGUUUUAAACCUGUACUCUGCUUGUUAAUAGUAUGCUGCUUGCUAUUACUACAAUCAUGAAGACUAUUAAAAUAAACUAAUGUAACUGAAA